AAAAAAGCUGGAUUGCAGAUCAAUACAUUUUUCUUUUGAAAUAAUGGCAGUAUUCCAAGAUUUCAUGACCUUGCAUGCAUUAAGUUUUGGUCAGAUAUUCUUGAAGGAACGUGUCUACUGAAAAGGUGCAAGCUCAGUUUCAGGGGAGUCAACUCAAAGAAAAAUGAAAGCCAGCUAAGAACUUACAAAUUAUUAUAAACUAAUGUUUGAGCCUCAAAUUGCUUGGCUUAAAGUGGUGGCAGGCCUAAAAGGAAAAGGAAAAAAGAAGACUUGGAAAUUAAAAAAAGGUGCAUCCAUUAAAGGGAUCUUAAAUGUUUGCCUAGAGAUCAACUAAGUAAACCGAGAAAGAAGUAACUUGCCUACUCUCCUCCAACUACCAUAUAUACAUAGGUUUGUGAAUGAUGGAUCAUCAGAAGGUAACCUUCAGAAAACAGGAGAUAUAAUGGCAGCAAAACCAUUGAUCAGUCGCAAGAAUUCUCUGCGUCCAUGUGUGAAGCACUUCAGCCAUUCCCAUCCAUUACGUCCGGUUGAUGUGAAAGAAGAUGAGGAAAUUAUUUGUUCAGGUUGUGAGCUAGACCUUUCAGGUUCUGCUUACAAGUGCACAAAGUCCAUGUGCGAUUUCUUCCUUCACAGGUCCUGCUUUGAAUUGCCGCGAGAACUCGAACACACCUCUCACCCUCAACAUUUACUUGUCCUUCUUUCUUCCCCUCCUGGUGAUGAUUCCUAUUUCACUUGUAAUGCUUGUGGUGAUUAUGGUACUUCUUUUGCUUAUCAUUGCACUACUUGCCAAUUCAACCUCCAUGUUGGGUGUGCUUUCUUGCCCAAAACCAUGAAGCAUGUAGACCACGAUCACCCACUUACUCUUUUGUAUUCCACUAAUUUUCUGGACAGGGAGGGCCUAGUCUUUACCUGUGAUGCCUGCAGGAAAGAAGUUUCUCAGACCAGCUGGGUCUACUACUGUCUAGAUUGCGAUUAUGGUACUGACCUCCAUUGUACAACUCCGGCUGAGUGUCGAAGAGAAGCCAACAGGAAGCUCUAGAUCAUGCUUGAAAACUAGAAGCUGCUGCUGCCUCAGCAUUUUGUGGCUUAUGAUCCAAAGAGUUCACAAAAACCAUGUAAAAUAAAAAUAUCCAUCCCGAUGCCAGCAGAAGCCAGUUUAAACUAUACUACUACCAGGUACGACUUCCAUGACGAAUGCAUCAAUACCCCUUUCAUCCUCCAGGACCUCCACGCCAGCCCUAAUCUAGAGCAGUGGACCUCAUAUGUGCCAUCUGUCCCUCAACCCAUGUUGCCCAUUGCAAUGAAAUAGUUGAAGAGUAGAUUUGGUAACGAAAUUUAACAAAUGCAAUUCACAUUAUGUUUCAAUAAUCCUCGUGGUAGGAUUUACAACUUUUGACAGAA